AUGCUCCGAAACACAUUUUCUUUCUUUUCUCAUUCUUUCUCCAAAUUUUUUCUUUCUUUUCUCUUUCUUUUUCUUUCUUUCUUUCUUUUUUUCUUUCUUUCUCCAAACUUUUUCUUUCUUUUCUCAUUCUUUCUCCAAAUUUUUUCUCUCUUUUCUCUUUCUUUUCUCUUUCUUUUUCUUUCUUUUUUUCUUUCUUUCUCCAAACUUUUUCUUUCUUUUCUCUUUCUUUUUCUUUCUUUCUUUCUUUCUUUCUUUCUUUCUUUCUUUCUUUCUUUCUUAACACAUUUUCUUUUUUCUUUCUCGCCAUUUUCUUUCUUUCUCGCAAUUUUCAUUCUUUCUUUCUUUCUUUCUUUCUUUCUUUCUCCUAACCUUUCCUUCCUUUCUCAUUCUUUCUCCAAAUUUUUUCUCUCUUUUCUAUUUCUUUUCUCUUUCUUUUUCUUUCUUUUUUCUUUCUUUCUCCAAACUUUUUCUUUCUUUUCUCUUUCUUUUUCUUUCUUUCUGUCUUUCUUUCUUUCUUUCUUUCUUUCUUUCUUUCUUUCUUUCUUUCUUAACACAUUUUCUUUUUUCUUUCUCGCCAUUUUCUUUCUUUCUCGCAAUUUUCAUUCUUUCUUUCUUUCUUUCUUUCUUUCUUUCUUUCUUUCUUUCUUUCUUUCUUUCUUUUUCUCCUAA